UGUUUACUUUGAUAUUUUUUAUUUAUUUAUUACACUAAUACUCUAAUUAUAGCUAUUUCUUGACCUUCUAGAAGACUUGGUCCGUACUCAAAACCUUCAACUGGAAUCACAAUCCAGAUCCCUUGGUAUAUAAUAUAUCGUAUCUUCCAGUUUCUGUAAAAGCUUAAUAUUCUAGUUUUGUGUCAGAUACAUUUUUCAAAUGGGUUGAUUGUUUGUUUGAUAACCUCUUUGGCAUUUCUCCCUUCUCUCUCUCAAGAAGUAGCUGAGUUGAGAGUCCAUUUCCCAUUUCCCAUUUUUCCUCGUUCAAAGUUUGGUGCUUCUAGACCUUUAGCUACAAGUCAAAGCUGGGAAGGUAUAGCCAUCUCUCUUUAGCCUUGUUGAGUUGUUGUGCAUCACAAAAAAAAAAGAAAAAAAAAGAGAGAAGCAAGAGAAUAGGAGGAGUACGGGAGCGACUUUCAUUGCCUGCCUAUCUCUGAGUUUUGGGUACAAGCUUCAGUUCCAAAGAUCUCCACUCUUGUUCUAGCUCAUAUAUAUUUUGCCUUGCCUUUUUCUGGGAUUGUUGAGUUUCUGUUUUGUUGUUGUAAAACAGUUGCUUCUGGGGGACUGGAGUGAUUGAGUUCUCUCAGUUGGGUAAGUUUCUGAGUUUGGAGGAACUGAAACUUGCUCGGUUGUUUCUGGAAAAACUCUCUGCUAAAGUAGGCUCUUUGAGUGGGAAAAAAUUGUGUAAUAUAUGGGUGGUGGUGGGGGUGGUGGUAGAAGGAAGAGGCAGCAUUUUGGGAGAAUCCAUGCCUUUCACCGUGGAAAACCAUCCGUAGAUGAGGAGCAUUCGCGGAUCGGAGGCCCCGGAUUCUCUAGAGUAGUCCAUUGCAAUGACCCUGAAUGCCUUGAGGCCACUGCUAAGAACUAUGAAAGCAAUUAUGUUAGAACCACCAAGUAUACACUUGCUACAUUCUUACCUAAGGCAGUGUUUGAGCAAUUUAGAAGGGUUGCAAAUCUGUAUUUCCUCAUUUGCGCAAUACUGUCAUUUACACCGCUUUCGCCUUACUCUGCUGUCAGUAAUGUUGUCCCUCUUGUGGUUGUGGUUGGAGUUACAAUGGGAAAAGAGGCCCUUGAAGAUUGGCGGCGCAAAAAGCAGGAUAUGGAUGUGAACAACAGAAAAGUUCUGGUGCAUCGAUCGGAAGGUGAAUUUGAUUUUACCAAGUGGAGGGAUUUGAAAGUUGGGGAUAUAGUGAAAGUGGAAAAGGACCAAUUUUUUCCUGCUGAUCUCAUCUUACUUUCAUCAAGCUAUGAUGAAGCACUUUGCUAUGUAGAGACCACCAACCUUGAUGGGGAAACUAAUUUGAAAAUAAAGCAAUCUCUGGAAGCAACUUCUAAUCUUCAUGAAGACUCGAGCUUCAAAGAUUUCAAGGCUUUGAUCAGAUGUGAAGACCCGAAUGCAAGUCUGUACUCAUUCGUAGGGAGUCUGGAGUUUGAAGGGGAAUCGUACCCUCUUUCACCUCAGCAGCUUCUGCUUAGGGACUCUAAGCUGAGAAACACUGAUUUUAUAUAUGGGGUUGUAAUCUUCACAGGUCAUGAUACAAAAGUUAUGCAAAACUCAACUGAACCACCUUCCAAGAGAAGCAAAAUUGAGAAAAGGAUGGAUAAGAUAGUCUACUUCUUGUUUUUCCUCUUAGUUGUGAUGUCUUUUGUUGGUGCUAUUGUCUUUGGGGUUACCACUAGCGAAGACAUAGAAGAUGGGCAAUUGAUAAGAUGGUACCUUAGACCAGAUGAUACUACAGUUUACUAUGAUCCAACAAGAGCGCCACUUGCAGCCAUUUUGCAGUUCUUAACAGCCGUUAUGUUGUACAGUUAUUUGAUUCCCAUUUCCUUGUAUGUGUCGAUAGAGAUUGUCAAAGUGCUCCAGAGCAUUUUCAUCAACCGGGAUCUGCACAUGUACUAUGAGGAAACUGACAAGCCAGCUCGAGCACGUACCUCAAACUUGAAUGAAGAACUUGGCCAAGUUGAUACUAUUCUAUCUGACAAAACAGGAACCUUAACUUGCAACUCAAUGGAGUUUAUCAAGUGUUCUAUUGCCGGGACUGCUUUUGGGCGCGGAGUUACAGAAGUUGAGAGAGCUUUGUCCAGUGGCAAAGGCUCAUCUUUGUUUGAAGGGGUGACAGAAGAAGAAGGCCAAGUUGAAGAAUCUACUGAAGCCAAGACAUCAAUAAAAGGCUUUAACUUCAUGGAUGAAAGAAUAAUGGAUGGCAAUUGGGUUAAGGAGCCUCAUGCAGAUGUAAUCCAGAAGUUUCUACAGUUACUCGCCGUCUGUCAUACAGCAAUACCUGAAGUUGAUGAAGAAUCUGGAAGAGUUACAUAUGAGGCUGAAUCACCAGAUGAGGCAGCUUUUGUGAUUGCAGCAAGAGAGCUUGGUUUUGAAUUUUAUGAAAGGGCUCAAACAAGCAUCUCCCUGCACGAGUUUGAUCCAAUGUCUGGAAGGAGAGUUGAAAGGUAUACUUCUUGUUUAACACUUCCAAUUAUUAAGAAAAUAGUAAAAUGGAACUAUUUCGAAAUCUCUUUUAUGACAUGCUGA